CAGGCUCAAGGAAGAAAUCUGUGCAAAUCCGCGCUCAACUUCAUUUUAUCGCGCGAUGCAAUUAUCCAUAGGCAUCGUACUGAUCUUGGAUGAGAAAGCGACGCCUUUCACAAGGAUUUGGUGCUGUUUUGAGGAAAGCAUCGCCGUGGAAGAACGCAAUGCUGGGAUGCCCCUGCUCCUGGAUGUGGCUGCGACUGAUCCUGCCAACGAGGCGCACGUGCUGACUGAUGGCUUGGCGGCCGCAGAGGCGUCCCGGAUGCCGCUGCUUGGCUUUCUAGCCAAGUCUGUGCGUGAAGCGGCCUUCCCCACACCACUGGUGCAGAAGGGCUUGGACGUUGACAUCGCGCAAGCCGAUGCCAGCCUAGCGUCAGACAAGACAGCCAUCCUGAAUUCUAUCAGGUUGCCACGCGCAAGGACCAAGGUACUUUGUGACUCCGCACCAUUGGAAGAUCCAAAUUAUACGGCUGUGAACCGGGCGUUGGCGGCGCACUUUGCACUGGCGUCGUGGUUUGGGUUCGUGGCGAAACGCCACUCGUUCGACUCCAAGCUCUCAGAGCGACUCUUGAGCGCCCUGGCGGCAGACAGCUUUCGGAGAGUGGUGCAGCUGUCCUUCACGGGCUGCCGCGGCUUUAAAGAUGUGGAGCUGAACCAGCUGCUGCGGCACCUUCCCAGGCAGCUGCUGAUGCUUCGCUUAGAUAUGGGCUUCAGUGGAGUCCAAUGCUGGGCUUUCCCAGAGGUCGAGGAGAUGGAGAUGCCUCCACUGCAGGAACUCAGCCUGCGCUUCACGGGCUCCCACCUGGCGAACGCUUCGGGCUUGGGGCAGAUGCUCGGUGCCGAGCCGAUGUCGCAGUCACUGCGCUCUGUGCAGCUCUGGUUUCCAAUUUGCCGCAGCUCAGCCGUCACAAGGUCCUUGGUGGAGCUGGGCUCGUGGGAGCCUCUCACGAAGCUGAAACUGGAAGAAUUGGUGUUGCAGCUGAUCUCUUGCAAGGCCGUCACUGACGAAGCCAAGCAAUCCUUGUAUGAUUGCGUCCAACGUCUGAAACGUCGUCAGAGAGGAUUGGAACUGCGAUUGACGAUCGAGGGUGUGGCUGAGCGAUCAUGGCCCUGGGUGCCAUGUCAGAGGCCAGCUGUCAAGGAUGUGGAGUUGGCAGGCGGCAAGAGUGUGGACGAGUUGGAGCAUUUUGGAAGUGAGACUCUACCGUUCCCAUGUAGCUACGGCGGCUGCGACAUCUUCCAUUCGAACUUGAGUGGCUUUUGCCCCAAGCACCGCAUGUGGCGGCAUUGUUGGAAGUUGGGGCACGUUUGGCAGACAGCUUGGUGCUGGACCGAGCUCAGCUUGCUCUUUGCGAUCCAGGCCGCAGCCGAGAUCGAGCAUCGCGCCACGCUGGUGGCCAUCCUGCUCUCGUUGUAUCCGGUGUUCUGCUUGUCAUUGGAGGAGUCUGUGGGAAUUCCAUGGGCCAUCACUUGCGCAUUGCUCUUGGUCGCGGUGAUUUGCAGCUUGGUAACUACCAGCGUGCGCUUUGACAACAUGCGAGAACAGAUUCUAAAGCAAUCAGUGGCAACAGAAGCAAGCUACUCUCAGGUGCUGCAGUUGCCAGAUUCUGGCAACAUGCUUCAAGUUCCUACCAUGGCGGGCUGCAGCUACCCAGAUUCGAGCAUUUUGCAUCAACGAAGCACGGACUUGAGUGCGAUUUACAGGGAUGCGCAAAGCCGCCUUCCUCUCUUUCUGAGAGCCAUGAAGUUGGUGCUUCCCAAUGCAACUGUGAAGAUCAAACUCUUGACGCAUUUGAGCAUCGAAGAGCAGCAAAGCCCAGAGAAAGUGUUGGACGCCCUGCGAUGUGAACUGGUGUGCGAAGACAUGCUGGGAGUGCAGGAGGCGUUCAAGGGCUUGGAGGACAGAAUCCAGAGCGAAGACCUGGCUUCCCUGCAAAUCGCCGCAGUUCAGGAUACCUUUGCGGAGAUGAGCGGCCACAAGUGCUGCCAGGUGAUCCUGCAGAUGGAGAAUUAUUUUGCCUCGGUUUUUCUCAUGGAUGCGUUCCUCACGAGGAUGGACAAUGAGCUGAGCAGCGUGACCAAGUUGGCUGCGCAGUUUGGGUUGCUAGAUGACAUGAAAUCCAAGUGGGAGACAUCGUCAAGGCUUUGGAAUUCCGUGUCUGACGUUCGCAGACCUUUGGUCCUUGCAGGGACAAUCUUCUUGCAAGUUCUGGCUUUGGCCAUGUCCAUGUUCAUGGCGCUUCAAUAUUUCCUACGCUAUGCUCACAGGAUCCGGCCCCACUUGCCUGACUUGGUUUUGGAUGGCUUGCUGCUGGACAGAGGAGAGGAGUCCGGUGAGACUAUCCUGGAGGCCAUAUUUUUGGCACUGCCCUACCUCGUUUUGGUGGCCGUUUUCCUGCGGCAGUUGGUGUGUCGGAAGCAAAGAAGGAACAGGCCUCAACCGACGAAGAUCUUGUACGAGCGAUAUUUUGGGUUGCGCGGAGCUUACUACCCCGUCAAGGUGGCGAUUUUGCAAGGUCUCACCGUCAUGGUGCAAGCCUUUGGAAAAAUCUCCUUGUUGGGGGGCCUCGUCACCUUUGCCCAAGAAGAGCAGGACGCAACUGCCAUUCUUUGGCUUAGUGUUGGCUUCUGGGCUUUCUUUGCUCUGCUGUGUUGGAACACUAUCUAUCCCGCCUUUCUUCUUAUGUUCCCUGACACUGCCUGGGCUCGAAUUGGAGCAGCAUUUACGGAUGCUGCUCUGGACCUUGGCUACAUCUUGACCUACCUGGGUAUGGUCUUGGUGGCGAUGCUGCGAUUGCGGACAGCCUCCGAGGGUUGGGGAAAUUUUGGCGAAGACUUGACGUUGCAAUUCAGCAAUCGCAUCAGCCCCGUGUUCGUUUUUCCUACCGACCUAUUGGGCUAUUGCGCCGUGUAUUUCAACUUGGCGCAUGCAUGCUGCAUUGCACACAUUUUGCAGCACACUAAUUGGCGUUUGCCAGUGCGACCCAGGGGCGAGCGCCAAAAGUGGCGAUGCCUUCCAAGACUAUUUGGGUGCUCCCUUUCCAUUGGGCUUCUUUCGAUGCUGAUAAAGCUCCUUGUGACGCAGGAAGUCUUCCCAAUGACCAAUGGACGGGAUUUCACGUGUUUUCCGUGCAAUUGCGCUAAAAAUGUUGGCUCGGCUGGCCAACAGAUUAGCAGCUGCAACCUUGCAGUCGUCCUCAGACAGACGCAGGUGAACCUCGCUGCGAAGAACAUCACUGCCGUGGACCCAAAGGCUUUCAGCAAACUCGGACAUGUGCAGCGCCUGUCAUUGGCGAACAACAGCUUGAUCCAUCUGCCUCCGGGCCUCUUUGAAGGUCUAUCAUCAUUGGAGCAGUUGGACUUGACACGAGUUAAGAUGCAAACACUGCACGCAGAUUCUCUUCGGGGCUUAAAGCAGCUGAAACUAUUAGCGAUGAGCGAGAACCGGCUCACCGAGCUCUCGGCUGCAGUGCUCCGACACCUGCCGCUGUUGGAGCAGCUGCUCUUGGGCGGCAAAAGCGACAAACGCGGCAACGUCAUCGUGGACGGCAAUCGCAUGACGGAGCUCGGGCCCAUCUUCAGACACAACGAACAGCUGCAGGUGAUCGACUUCAGCCAAAACCAACUCCAGAAGAUUGACCCAACUACCUUUGCAGGACUAAAGAAGCUCCGAUGGCUGAGCUUGGAAUCAAACCGGCUGACGACAAUUCCUGCGGGCACAUUCCAAGGACUUGAGCAACUGCAGACACUCAAUCUGGGGCGGAACAAGUUGACGACAAUUCCUACGGGAACAUUCCAAGUCCAAGGACUUGAUCAACUGCAGACACUCGAUCUGGGGUGGAACGAGUUGACGACAAUUCCUGCGGGAACAUUCCAAGGACUUGGUCAACUGCAGGCACUCAAUCUGUACGAAAACAAGUUGACGACACUUCCUGCGGGAACAUUCCAAGGACUUGAGCAACUGCAGACACUCAAUCUGUACGGCAACCAGUUGACGACAAUUUCUGCGGGAACAUUCCAAGGACUUGAGCAACUGCAGGAACUCUAUCUGAGUAGCAACAAGUUGACGACACUUCCUGCGGGAACAUUCCAAGGACUUGGUCAACUGCAGGCACUCAAUCUGUACGAAAACAAGUUGACGACACUUCCUGCGGGAACAUUCCAAGGACUUGAGCAACUGCAGGAACUCAAUUUGAAGUACAACAAGUUGACGACAAUUUCUGCGGGAACAUUCCGAGGCCUUGAGCAACUGCAGACACUCAAUCUGUACGGCAACCAGUUGACGACAAUUUCUGCGGGAACAUUCCAAGGACUUGAGCAACUGCAGGAACUCUAUCUGAGUAGCAACGGGUUGACGACAAUUUCUGCAGGGGCAUUCCAAGGACUUGAGCAACUGCAGACACUCCAUCUGGGGUACAACACGUUGACGACAAUUCCUGCGCGGGCAUUUCAAGGACUUGGUCAACUGCAGAAGCUCUAUCUGGAGUACAACAAGUUGACGACAAUUCCUGCGGGAACAUUCCAAGGACUUGGUCAACUGCAGGCACUCAAUCUGUACGAAAACAAGUUGACGACACUUCCUGCGGGCACAUUCCAAGGACUUGAGCAACUGCAGACACUCGAUCUGGGGUGGAAUAAGUUGACGACAAUUCCUGCGGGAACAUUCCAAGGACUUGGUCAACUGCAGACACUCAAUCUGUACGGCAACCAGUUGACGACAAUUUCUGCGGGAACAUUCCAAGGACUUGAGCAACUGCAGGAACUCUAUCUGAGUAGCAACAAGUUGACGACACUUCCUGCGGGAACAUUCCAAGGACUUGAGCAACUGCAGACACUCGAUCUGGGGUGGAAUAAGUUGACGACAAUUCCUGCGGGAACAUUCCAAGGACUUGAGCAACUGCAGGAACUCAAUUUGAAGUACAACAAGUUGACGACAAUUCCUGCGGGAAAAUUCCAAGGACUUGAGCAACUGCAGGAACUCAAUUUGAAGUACAACAAGUUGACGACAAUUCCUGCGGGAACAUUCCAAGGAGUUGGUCAACUGCAGACACUCGAUCUGUACAGCAACGAGUUGACGACAAUUUCUGCAGGGGCAUUCCAAGGACUUGAGCAACUGCAGGAACUCUAUCUGAGUAGCAACAAGUUGACGACAAUUUCUGCAGGGGCAUUCCAAGGACUUGAGCAACUGCAGACACUCAAUCUGGAGUACAACAAGUUGACGACAAUUCCUGCGCGGGCAUUUCAAGGACUUGGUCAACUGCAGAAGCUCUAUCUGGAGUACAACAAGUUGACGACAAUUCCUGCGGGAACAUUCCAAGGCCUUGAGCAACUGCAGAAGCUCUAUUUGUACGGCAACCCUUGGAAUUCGUCGAGUGUUUGCAUUAAUUCUUCCUCGCUUCCGCUGCUGAAUGGUUUGUCGGGCGUAAGCUUUUGCUAAAAUGUUCAGGGACGGAGCGCUUGAAGUGCAUCUGGCCCUUUUGCAACCGCAGUCUUGGAAGCGCCACAGCAAGCGCAG